AUGAACCCGACUGUCAAGGUCUUCGGCCCCACAGGAACCCAGGUUGCGGAGCUUCCGAGGCCCAAGGUGUUCAAUGUGCCGUUGCGUCCCGAUAUCAUCAACUUUGUCCACACGCAGCUCCGCAAAUGUCUGAGGACGCCCUAUGCGGUCAGCCGCUACGCCGGUGUCCAGUGCACUGCGCAUUCCUGGGGCCCGGGGCGUGCCGUGGCGCGCCUUCCUCGCAAGCACGGGGGGAUCGGCGCCUACGCGAACUUCGCCCGCGGCGGUCACAUGGCCCACCCCACCACAGUCAUCAGGAGGUGGUGCCGCAAGGUCAACCUGAACCAGAGGAGGUAUGCCGUCGCGUCAGCCCUUGCGGCGUCAGCCAACGCGGCCCUUGUGGAGGCACGCGGGCACCGCAUCGCCGAUGUUCCGUCCAUUCCCCUCGUCGUCGACACAGACAACGUCACCAAGACCAAGGACGCGCUGGCGAUCAUCAAGGCCGUCGGCGUUCUCCGUGACGUUGAGCGCUGCAAGGAUAGUCGACACAUCCGCGCCGGUCGCGGGAAGAUGAGGAACCGCCGCUACAUCACCAGGAAAGGGCCUCUCGUCAUCUACAACACAGAGGAUGUCGCGCGCGGGUUCCGCAAUCUCCCGGGCGUUGACCUCUGCCACGUCUCGAGCAUCCGUCUUCUAGAGCUGGCCCCAGGCUCGCACCCAGGCCGCCUCAUUCUCUGGACGAAGUCUGCGUUUGCGUCCCUUGAUGACGUCUACGCCGCCAAGCAGAACUACACGCUCCCGAGAUCCUGCAUCACCCAGACGGAUAUUGAGCGCAUCCUCCAGUCCGACGCCGUCCAGAAGACCUUCGUGCCCAAGCGUGAUCCUCUGGUCAUCGAGCGUAAGGUCGAUCCCUUCUCCUCCAAGGAGGCCCUGGCCCGCCUCGAUCCCAGCGGAACGGUCAUGCCCAAGUAA